UUUAAGCGGCACGUCCUCUGUUAGGACACAUUUCAGCUACAAUGAUCACUAAAGUCAUCGGUUCGAAGUAUGUGGCUAUUGCCAAAUCAUGGAUCCCAACUAUGACUGUCUGGGGCACAGUCGGAGGCGUAGCUCUGGUCCACUUUACAGACUGGCGAUUGUUUUUAGAUUACGUUCCCUACGUCAGUGGCAAAUUCAAGGACGAGUAGUGGCACUCAGGUCGGUGCUGUUUUUACACUAAGACUUAAAUAUUGAAAGAACUGCUUCAGCGGGUACCCUGCACUCGGUCCAAGUCCAUGCCAGGCCACUGGAAGCUGUCCUCUUCAUCCUGCAGAGUCAACACUGAACUGUUCUCCAUCAACAUCCUAUCAGAUGCACUGAAGUUUGGCAUUUCAACAUUUCUCAACCAGUGGAAAUGUUAAUGGAAGGAAUAUGAAAACAGAGAUGAUAAAUCGACUUUUCUUUACCUUCCUAGUUUGGGGUCAGGUAUUUAUUUGAAUCAUCUGUGGGCUGUGGGUCAAAUCUAAUUCACAAAUGGAAAUAAAGCUGUUCUUCGUGUCAUGCUGUAAUUGUUUGGAAGAGAAGAAGUAAAUAUGUGAGAUUUAUCCUA